CAGACACACCUCCCACGAGAUGGGUCUUUGUUAGCCGCUGUGAGGGCUCGCGCAUGCGUGAGUUGACGGCUAGCUUAGUCGGAGACAGCAUGGAUGAGUUUCAGUCUGCUGAGGAGACAACCUUUGUAGUUGAAGAAGUGACUGCUAUUAUUAAAGAGUGUAUUGAAAAUGCAAUCGGAGGAAAUUCCUACCAGCAUAGCCGGGUUAACCAGUGGACCUCUGGUGUAGUAGAGCAGUGUUUGAGUCACCUGACGAGGCUAAACAAACCCUUCAAAUAUAUUGUAACCUGCAUCAUCAUGCAAAAGAAUGGAGCAGGACUUCAGACUGCCAGUUCUUGUUUCUGGGACAACACUACUGAUGGAAGCUGCACAGUGAGAUGGGAGAACAAAUCUAUGUACUGCAUUGUCAGUGUUUUUGGACUAGCGAUAUAAUUGCAAAUACAAAGAUGACCUCAAGUCUGUGAGUUUGUGUUCAGGCUCAUUGCCAUUUGUUUGUUUUAAUUUUUUUUUAAAGUUGUUCUUCUGCCAUAGCCAUUUUUAUUUUAGGAGAACACUAAUUUCCAAAUGCACUAAUGUACUGAAGAUGACGCAACAGAGUACAUUUCAUUUUGUGUUGUUUACUUGUGUGUAAAAUAUUUGCUAAAUACUUAUCACUUUGUUUAUUAAAUUAUGUUUGCAGCU